AUAAAUCAUCAGGAAGUCAAAAGUCAUUACAGGCGGUGUGUGUGUAAAUAAAAAAAACUAUUUUUGUAAAUAUUUUAAAUAAAACUGCUGCAAAAUUAAACACUUUUGUAUGGAACCUAGUGCUGGAGAGAUCAGUGACAUUGGAUUGUUAAAAUUCAAGAGAUAGCCAACCGAAGAAGACAAUUAAUUCGCAUUUGGCAAAUUGUAACCCUUGUCCCCCAAUUCUUAUCAGUUGUUGGGCAUUGUAGUAGAGACAACAACCAUUUAUGUUAAGUGAGGUGUAGCCCACAACCCAAAUGGCUUCCAAAUUCUAUUACUUUGGUUUCGGCAGCAAUCUUUUGGCCCGACGUUUACAUUUACAAAAUCCCACAGCCGUCAGGGUGGGUCCUGGGAAAUUGGAGAAUUAUAGUUUAGAUUUUUAUUUUCCCUCCAAAAGAUGGAUGGGUGCAGCGGCCACAAUUGUGCCCACCCCAGAUGAUCAUGUUUGGGGUGCCAUAUGGGAAAUUGAUGGCUGUGAUUUGGAGCAUCUGGAUAAUCAAGAAGGAGUCCACGAAGGCAUUUACACACCCAUCACCGUUGAGGUCUACUGUCCCACCCUGGAUCAUGCCCUUUCAUGUAGGGCAUAUCAUUUGUGUAAACAACCGGAGGGCCAUCUGAAAUUGUUUCCCCACGAAAAAGUACCCCUGGAAAGACAACCGUCGUUGACUUAUCUCAAAACACUGAUAAAGGGUGCCGAAGAAACGGGCAUUCCUGCCGAUUAUGUCCGAUGGCUGAGGAGCAUUCGCCAUAAUUCUAAAAUUGCGGAAUAUUUUGAAAAGGAAUUGCAAUUGGAAAAUGUUGUUUUGUCAUAAGGAAAUUGUUGUUGUUGGAAAAAUGUAUUAAACAAAAUGUAAAAAUCUAGUA